AUGGCCAAGACCAAGAAGUCCGGUGACACCCUCGCCUCCCGCCUGGCACUCGUCAUGAAGUCCGGCAAGGUUACCAUGGGUUCCAAGUCCACCAUGAAGACCCUCCGCUCUGGCAAGGCCAAGCUGGUCCUCAUUGCCGGUAACUGCCCUCCUCUGCGCAAGUCUGAGCUCGAGUACUACGCCAUGCUCGCCAAGGUCCCCGUCCACCACUUCAACGGCAACAACAUUGAGCUGGGUACUGCCUGCGGUAAGCUCUUCCGCUGCUCCACCAUGGCUGUCCUGGAUGCCGGUGACUCCGACAUCCUCAGCCGUGAGGCUUAA